UUUCGCGCUAAAUUGAAGAAAAAAAAACUACAACAAGCACAGUCUAGCAGCAAGAAGGCAGCCAGUGUGUCCAGAAUUAUAUUGACCGUGUGAUUGCACUUUUGUAUUACACUUUCUGUUAUAAAGCCGUACACCAUGGAGGAAGCAAAUACAUUGAUUGGAACUGGGAAGAGACAUCUCAUCAUGGGAGAUGCAGUAUCAGCGGUCAACGUUCUUCAGGACGCCUGUAGCAUAUUAGCCAAGAAAUAUGGAGACACUGCUGAUGAGUGUGGAGAGGCUUUCUUCCUGUGUGGUAAAGCUCUCCUGAAUUUGGCCAGGAUGGAGAACACUGUCCUGGGGAACGCAUUAGAGGGCGUACCUGAGGAGGAUGCAGAGGAGGAGGAGAAGCCCAAAGACUCCAACAUUGAGAGCACAGAAAAUGUUGAUGAGAAGACCAGAGAUGAGCUAAGGGUCCAGGUCUAUGAUGCAAUGGCAGAGGAGGAGAAGAAGGAUGCAGAGGAGAGUUUAGUAAAGGAACACUCAGAGGGGAGUGUGUUGAAGGAGAAGGAACCAGUGACAAACGGCCAUGUUCAUGGAGCAGCCUCAGCUGAUGGACAGACAAAACUAAAUGGAGUGAACGGUGUUACAGAGAAGUCAUCAGCGGAACACCCGGAGGAGGAAGAAAAAGAGGAGGAGGAUAAGGAAGGGGGUCAGGAUGGAGAACAAGAACUGGGGCAAGCAGAAGAGGAAGCCAUUGAAGACAUUAAAGACAGUGAUGAUGAGGAGGAAGUGGGCAACCUACAGUUGGCCUGGGAGAUGUUAGAGAUAGCCAAAGUCAUCUACAAGAGGAAAGAAAGUAAAGAGGACCAGCUGUUGGCAGCCCAGGCUCAUCUAAAACUUGGGGAAGUUGCUGCUGAAUCAGGGAACUACCCACAGGCAGUGGAUGACUUCCAGGAGUGUCUGGCCCUGCAGAAGAAGCACCUGCCCCCUGACAGCCGUCUCCUGGCUGAGACCCACUGCCAGCUGGGCCUGAACUUCACCCUCACCGACCAGUACAGCCAGGCCAUCGAGCAGUUCAACAGCUCCAUUGCUGUCAUCAAUAGCAGGCUGGCUAAGCUCCAGGCGGUGAUUGAGCAGGCCGAGGGACCGGAGGCUGCCUCGGAGGAGAGGAAGGAGGUGGAGGAGCUCAAAGCUCUGCUGCCCGACAUCAAGGAGAGGAUUGAGGACGCGUCAGAGGGCCUGAAGACAGGCAACACUGUAGCGGAGGCCAUCCAGGGAGCACUGUCGGGUGAAUCACCAUUUCCAGCUCCAAGUGCUCAAAACGGCACAGCCACAGCGUCAGUGAUCCCAGUCAAAUCCAAAAAUGAAAUUGCCCCCACAAAGUCAGCAGCAUCUGAUAUCUCCCACUUAGUCAGAAAGAAGAGGAAACCAGAUGAAAGUCCAGUUAAGGACAAGAAAUACAGGCCCAUGUGAACAGCAGAAAAGUGGUUGAGACGACGGAUGUGAAUAGCCAGUGAAUCCUGAAGCUCCACAGUGAUGCAUCACCUGGAAACAGACCAAGCCAACCCACAGUUCAUACUGAUGCUGAUGUACUGUUGUAAAUAUGCAUUUAUGUACGUUACCACUUUUGUAUACCUGUAAUUGUGUACCUGUAUGCUUGAUUUUUGUCAAUAAAAGUUAGCUUUAAUCACAUGG